GAGUUGACAAAGCCCCGCAGGGAAGGACGCCUCGCGGCGCGGCGCCCCGGGCCCCUCGCCCCGCCGCCCCGGGACCCCGGCCCCGGCCUCCAGCCCCUGGACUCGACCCCUCCGCCCGCGCUGCCUCCGGACACCCACCUCGGCGCCGGUCCUGGCCCGAGCCGCCCGCGCCCAGGUAGCGCCGCCCCGUCCCGAGGCCGGGCCCGGGGGCGCGGGGCGCCGGGGUGCGGCGCCCGGGGCGGCGAUGACCGCGCAGCGCGUCCCACGGGCCCGGCCCUGAGCCCCGCUGCCUGCCUGCCCCGCCGAGGUCCGGACGGGCCAAGAUGACGCCCAGCCCCACGUUGUUGCUGCUGCUGCCGCCGCUGCUGCUGGGGGCCCUCCCGCCGGCCGCCGCCGCCCGAGGCCCCCCGAGGAUGGCAGACAAGGUGGUUCCAAGGCAGGUGGCCCGGCUGGGCCGCACUGUGCGGCUGCAGUGCCCCGUGGAGGGAGACCCACCGCCACUGACCAUGUGGACCAAGGACGGCCGCACCAUUCAUGGCGGCUGGAGCCGCUUCCGGGUGCUGCCCCAGGGCCUGAAGGUGAAGGAGGUGGAGCGGGAGGACGCCGGCGCCUAUGUGUGCAAGGCCACCAACGGCUUCGGCAGCCUCAGUGUCAACUACACCCUCAUCGUGAUGGAUGAUACUGGCGCAGGAAGGGAGCGUCUGGGGCACGACGGUGCCUCUGGGGGCCAGGAGGAUGCAGCCAGCAAGCAGUGGGCGCGGCCCCGCUUCACGCAGCCCUCCAAGAUGAGGCGUCGCGUGAUCGCUCGGCCCGUGGGCAGCUCUGUGCGGCUCAAGUGUGUGGCCAGUGGGCACCCACGGCCCGACAUCAUGUGGAUGAAGGACGACCAGGCCCUGACAGGCCUGGAGGCCGGGGAGCACAGGAAGAAGAAGUGGACACUGAGCCUGAAGAACCUGCGUCCCGAGGACAGUGGCAGGUACACGUGCCGUGUGUCCAACCGCGCAGGUGCCAUCAAUGCAACCUACAAGGUGGACGUGAUCCAGCGGACGCGCUCCAAGCCCGUCCUCACGGGCACGCACCCCGUGAACACGACUGUGGACUUCGGGGGCACCACAUCCUUCCAGUGCAAAGUGCGCAGCGAUGUGAAGCCGGUGAUCCAGUGGCUAAAGCGUGUGGAGUAUGGCGCCGAGGGCCGCUACAACUCCACCAUCGAUGUGGGCGGCCAGAAGUUCGUGGUGUUGCCCACGGGGGAUGUGUGGUCGAGGCCCGACGGCUCCUACCUCAACAAGUUGCUCAUUGCGCGCGCACGCCAGGAUGAUGCCGGCAUGUACAUCUGCCUGGGGGCCAAUACCAUGGGCUACAGCUUCCGCAGCGCCUUCCUCACCGUGCUGCCAGACCCCAAGCCACCAGGGCCCCCCGUGGCCCCCUCGUCCUCGACCACCAGCUUGCCGUGGCCUGUGGUCAUCGGCAUCCCGGCUGGAGCUGUCUUCAUCCUUGGCACUGUGCUCCUGUGGCUCUGCCAGGCCAAGAAGAAGCCGUGCACACCCGGGCCCACCCCGCCUCUGCCUGCACACCGCCCGCCCGUGGCCGCCCGCGACCGGGCCGGGGACAAGGACCGUCCCAUGCCCCCCAGCCUCGGCCCUGCCCCUGGCGUGGGGCUGUGCGAGGAGCUCGGGCCUCCGGCGGCACCCCAGCAUCUGCUGAGCCCGGGACCAUCUGCCGGGCCCAGACUUUAUCCCAAACUCUACACAGACGUGCACACGCACACGCACACACACACGCACUCGCACACGCACUCGCACGUGGAGGGCAAGGUCCACCAGCACAUCCACUACCAGUGCUAGCCAGUGCCACGGGGUGGGGCCCCACCCACCGGCCCUGCGGGGCCCAGGGUGGGGCGGCGGGCCCGUGUAGGGCAGGCGGCUGCGCAGAGAGCUGGGGCCUAGGCAGGAGGCACAGUCAGCACCCUGGGGCACCCUGGGGCACCCUGGGUGACACACACAUACCUCUGGACACACACACACACACACACACACACACACACACACCCCUCAGACUAAGACACCUGGGAAGGUCUGUGCCGGCAACUUUGUAGUGUGCAUGUAGCAAUGGGCUAGUUGAU